AUGGCGGUCCAGCCCAGUCCGACGCUCUACAUCAACAACCUUAAUGACAAGGUCAACAAGGAAGAGCUUCGCAUCCAGCUCUAUGCCCUCUUCACCACCCAUGGCAAACUUAUCGACGUUGUCGCGUCCAAGGGCCCCAAGAUGCGCGGCCAGGCCUUUUUAGUCUUCUCCGAUCUUGCCUCCGCAACAACUGCUAUGCGCGCGUGCGAGGGCAUGGUUUUCUAUGACAAACCUCUCCGAAUUGCAUACGCAAAGGAGAAGUCGUACGCUACCUUGAGAAAGGAAGAUCCUGACUUUGUGCCACCAAAUUCUCUGCACGCACAAAAUAAUCCUGCGCUGGCCGCGAAACGCCAACUCGAGGAUGGUGCCACUGAUGGCGAACGUCAACGCAAACGGGAAAAGGCAGAGGAUGACGAUAAUGACGAUGGCGUGGAAAUGGAGAUUGACGAGGACGACGAUUCAUGA